AUGGAGCGAAAAAGAUAUUUCCGGCUGGUUGAUGGAGCGCGUCGCCCUCAACCUGAGCUUGGGGAUGUACCAGUGCGAUACGUUCGUGUUCGUGACGGCACUGACGCCGGGGACUUUUGCGAGACGGUGCUGGCACGCUGCACAGACUCGCUUCCACCAGGUCUAAUCGACGAGGCAGUCCUCAAAGUGUUCGUGAACAGCGAAGCUGCGGGGCCUCUGAACGCGGACGAUGCACUGAGCGCUUAUGGACUGAACAGAGAAGACCCGCUCGUUGUGGAAGUGCCGAAGGUCUGGUUUCACUUGACGGAUGCCGGUACCCAGCCCCCAUUCGCAAGAACAAGUGCAGCCUCAGUGCCCCUGACUGCAAAUCACACCAUCGAGAAAAGAUCCCGAGUUACAUCGAGUUUUGAGGAUAGAACCCCUUGGUGUGUUGUGGUUCCGUCACUUCCUGCAUUCGUCUUAAAUGAAGAUGGCGUCGCAAUCACUUCGGAUUCGGUCGGAACACGCAGGACCGGCACUAUACCUGCUGGACUCUUUUGGAUCGUCAAACACAGCCGGCCACUUUUCGCGAGGGAAGUGUGGGAAUACAUGAGCCGGCACCGUGACUAUGGCGAGACUCCGGAGGACUGGCUUCAUUACUUGAGCGAUAUGACGAAGUACUUGGCACCGCAUAUCCGAAGCCUCAAAGCCCGCAUUCGGUCUGUCGAGUCUGAGCUUGGACAAGUCAGCAUGUUUCUCGGGUCCACCUGCAGCGUGGACAACAGCUAUGCUAAUCUGGUCGACGGCCACUUUGCAUGCCUUAGCGAGUCGAAACCCUUUGAGCUCGAUUUGGGUAGUGGAGACAUACUGUUUCAAGGCGACAACCAGUGGACAGCUCGCUGUCAGCUCCCGCCGCCGGAGAGGGAUAUAUUGCUGCAUCUGACUCUGAUGGGAGACCACGAUAAGAUAUUCGAUGACUCUGGCGAGGACGAGGAGGGGGACGGGAUGUUGCGGCCACUGAAAUGUUCACUGUACCAUUCGCUGCAAGACAACUUUUUCCGAGGUACAGACCUCCGCGGCAGACUGCUCUACGAAUUGGGCGUGGUGGACAAAAUUGACGCGGAGGUUGAUAUUCCAUCAAACCAUGCCAAGAACACGAGCACGAUCCCGUUUCUGUCGGCGCCUAACACAGAGUGGCCGAGUUCGUUUCUGGAUGCGUGGCGGGGUAGUGGUGCCCAGUUCGCCAACCUGUGUCGUGUUGCUGAUUCUGAGCGGAUUGAUUUUAGAUUCGUCUCAAGUGAAUGCGGGCUUUCUGGCGAGUGCAAGGAUCGCAAGGGCAGUUUAGACGUGCGAACUCUCAUAAGUGUUCUUGAUCGUGUUCCGAGUUCUUCUUCGAUCCACUUGGUGGUGGUGAGAAAGUUACACGAUACGUACUUCGGCAACCUUGGCGACCCGGCGGUUCCAUCGAAUGCUUUGGUAAGUGCUAACCUGCAGUACGCCGACUUUUUCCGCAUUUCGAAAGAAGACGGCGAGCUUGUGGAGUUCGUGGAGCUCAUGGCAGCCAAGUCGACGACGAUCAUCUCCGACAAGGAGAAAAGUGAGAAGGGGGGAGGCAAACUCAUUUUGUUUAUUGAGAUCGGGGAUUGGGAUAAGGCAGAGUAG